AUGAUAGAAGCAGAAAACGUCACCUCCGUCAAGGAAUUCAUCCUACUGGGAUUCACCCAUGACAGAAAAAUCCAAUUUCUCCUCUUUGGAGUGAUUCUCAUCUUUUACUUGAUUACAGUUUUGGGGAACCUGCUGAUCAUCAUGUUGGUAGAGUCUGAUGUACAACUCAACACUCCUAUGUACUAUUUCCUUUCUCAUCUUGCGGUGAUAGAAAUAUGUUACGUCACCAGCACUAUGCCCAUAAUGUUAUCUCACCUCAUGGCUGGGAAUGGAGCCAUCUCCUUCCCACUCUGUAUAGCCCAGAUAUUUGUGGUAGGGUCCAUGGCUACUACCGAGUCUUUGCUACUGGGUGUCAUGGCGUAUGACCGUUAUCUGGCCAUCUGUUCUCCCCUAAUAUAUACUGUUGUCAUGGACCAGCGCUGCCAGUUGCAGUUUGCUGUAGCCUGCUGGAUAAUUGCACCCCUGCUCUGUGCUAUAUGUGAUGCCAUCCUGGUUUCCCAAACUUUCUGUGGUCCCAAUCAUAUCAACCACUUCAUGUGUGAAUUUCCUGCAGUAUUAAAACUUUCAUGUGGUGAUACACAACUCGUUGAGAAUAUUGUAUCUGGGGCAGGAGCCUUACUCCUUCUGCUUCCCCUUUGUGUCAUCCUGACCUCCUACGUGUUUAUUCUUUAUUCCGUAUCCCACAUGAAGUCUACAGUUGGACAGCACAAAGCGUUCUCUACCUGUGGCUCUCAUCUGCUUGUAGUCACCUUGUUUUAUGGCCCUUCCUUUUUUAUAUAUGUAAUUCCAAAAUCAAGCUCAGCUCCUGAUUAUAAUAAACACAGUGCAAUUUUCUACAUACUGGUCACCCCUCUGCUUAACCCUAUCAUUUAUACUCUAAGGAACAAGGACAUCCAUAGGUCAGUAAGAAAGAUAUUGCAAAGAAAAGUCUUUAAGCAGAAAACAUGA